UCACCCACACAAACAGCCACCCAGCAUCACCUCACUCACCACCAUUGUUACAAACACAUCGACACCAGCUAUAUACCACCUCGUGCAAGGCCAUGGACCAGUACAGCUACCGCGGCGGCGGGGACGACAAUGGCCAGGGCGGGUACGCGACGGUGACGUCGGCGCCGCCGAAGCGGCCGGCGGGGCGCACCAAGUUCCGGGAGACGCGGCACCCGGUGUACCGGGGCGUGCGCCGGCGCGGCGCGGCCGGGCGGUGGGUCUGCGAGGUGCGCGAGCCCAACAAGAAGUCCCGCAUCUGGCUCGGCACCUUCGCCUCCCCCGAGGCCGCGGCCCGCGCCCACGACGUCGCCGCGCUGGCCCUGCGCGGCCGCGCCGCGUGCCUCAACUUCGCCGACUCGGCGGCCCUGCUCGCCGUCGACCCCGCCACGCUCCGCACCCCCGACGACAUCCGCGCGGCGGCCAUCGCGCUCGCCGAGACCGCCUGCCCCGCCGCGCCGGCCUCGUCGUCGGCCGUGGCCGCCGUGGCGUCCGCGCCGGCGCCCCCGAUGAUGACGAUGAUGCACGAGUCCGCGGCGGUGCACUACGACGACUACCCGAUGCAGUACGGGUACGGCGGCAUUGGGGACUUGGACCAGGAUUCCUACUACUACGACGGGAUGAGCGCCGCCGGCGGCGACUGGCAGAGCGGCUCGCACAUGGACGGAGCCGACGACGACUGCAACGCCAGCGGUGGGUACGGCGCCGGCGAGGUCCCGCUCUGGAGCUACUGAUCGAGCCGCUCGAUUGAGCUAGUCUCGAGCCCGAUUGGCUUGCUCCGAUGGGGCUGCUGUACAACAUCAGCGUAGGAUAAAGAAGAAGAAGCAGAGUUCUCAAGUAGUACUAGUAGUGUUAUUAUUUAUGUGGCCGUAAAGCAGAGAGGGAACGGGAAUGCGAAUUGCAUCAGCCUGUUUGUUUCCCUAUUUAUUUUUUUCUUGAAAUUUCUUGGUAUUUUUUGGUUGGUUGGGAAUUUUGUAACAUGUGUUGGAGUAGAGUAAUAAGAGACCAGCUCUGCUUUAUUAGUUA